AUGGUAGGGGACGACGCAAGCACCAGCGCCGCGGCCGUUCCGCCGCUACAGGGCGCGGAACCGUGUCUUGAUGACGGCCAGAGUUUGGAGUUUUCUCCGUCACAGCUGUCGGAAGAACAGGGAGGCGCUGAGGCGCAGAGGGAAUAUCUGUGCCCUGGACCGGCGGAUUGCUGCCAGGCUGCAUAUGAUAAGGGGCCUGGGCGGGCCGAGGUAACCACCGAGGACGUUGUCCCAAUAAAUGCGGCGACGUCAGCUUCGGCCGAUGGCGACGCGAAAGUGACACAUUCGUCCGCUGAAGCGAGUGCUAGCACUGGUUCCUCUGAUUCAGGGAGAGUUCUUGACAACGUGACGCCAGUCAACGGCGACUCGGAACAACCAGAAAAUCACGCGAUGCGUCCUGCCUCUGUGAUCAAGCGCACCGAGCAAUCAACUCCGUUCAGUAAACUGCGGGAACAGUUUGAAAAGAAAUGUCAGCAGUCGCACUCGGUUGACAAUAAAGAUCAUCGCAACCCAGCACACGUGCUGACGUCGUCAAAAGUGACGUCACGCACGCAGAUGAACGUCAAGCAAGCAUCAGUAGGACUCUCGGAAUCUGCUGAAGAAGCCUCGGGGGUUCCAGCAACUUUGGCGUCGGCUUCCAAAAUCGAUGUACAUAGAGCGUCAGAGCAAAUGGCAAACGAACACGUCUCGGAACCGUUGCGGCUUCCCCCGUCUAGCCCACGAUGGAACGAAGUCAACGAGGGUGAAGGCAGCAUAGCUGAAGCUGGCACGACGGAAGUUGCCGAGACUCCCAAGCGAGAAUCGAUUGACGAAGCUCGAUCGCCGAGCUCUGCUGUUGUCGGGAGGCUGAGAGAACGGUUUGAGAGACAGGCACAACACAAUGGAAAAGGCUCUCUGGCGCACCAAGCCAUUCAGUCAGAAAUGAAAUCAGUCGAAAAUACGACUGGGGAAGCAAAGCCGGAGCCGUUGUGGCGGCAGAAACAGAGAGCUCGGCUCGCAGCCGCAGCAGAGGCCGAGGCCAAUAGACAGGUAGUUCAUGCGGAGAAGGCGGAGGAGAGCUCGUCCAACCCGAAGAUAUCUACGGCAACGCUGACGAUCAAUUGUAGCGCGUUUGGGCGAGGCGUGAACAGCUUAAAGGAGCAGUUUGAAAAACCGAGAACGCCGGUUAACAAAGUGGCCAUUGAGCGAACCCCGCUGGCGCAUUCGUCUGGCCAUGCGAAUGUGGAGAAAGCCAAAGCGCUACUGGCUACAGUCGACAUCGCAGGCCGUUACGGGCGCGAGUACCGGAUAGCUAAGAGCGCCCUGCAUGCGACGGAGGAAGCGGACGAUCCCGCAGAUGGUGGAAGUCAGUCGACGGUGCCAGUAGAAGAGGGGGCCGCGCAGGCAGAGUCUAACGCGCCUCCCUCAUUGACCAAAGCCGCAGAAGUUCAUGAGCCUGCGCCAGGCGAUUCUUCCCCGUCCCAGGCAGGUGUGGCUGCUGGUGCAUUGCAGUCGCUAGGAGGCGAAGGCGGAGGCGAACAUGUAGGAGUGUGCCAUCAUGCGUCCUCGAAGAUCGAGGCACUUGCUCACGCGGUGGGCGCUGCGGCUUUGAAUUUUGGCAAAGCACCGCCUCCCCGCCUUUUGAAGAAGUCAACGCCACCACCGGAGUUGGAAGAGCCUGACUACGUUCCGCCAUCUAUAGCGGCUCUGAGGGUACGCCAGCAAAUGGAGCAAACGGAAGAGUUGCAAAACCACAAGUCGGAGGCAGCGGGGGAUUCAGACCUCAAUGAUCAUCCAACUCACGAAGUUGACAGUGGAGAACUGGUUGAGGCCGCACCCGGAGAGAGUCUGGCAGCGUCUCACGACGCUUGUCGAACGAAAAUUGACGAGGAGGAUGGAUCGGGGGCGGCAGCGCCGGACCCUGUGAUUUCAGAUCAAUUUUUCCGAGGAGUUACCACCCGACUACUCAACAGGUUCCGGCACCCCGGACGCUCCUUACGAGCAAGUUGCCGGGAACCCGCUGCUUCUCUAACCGGCUGCUGA